AACAAAAAAGACUACUUUUUUAUUUUUUAUUUUUUUCUCUCCCCUUUAAGCUUUCAGUGCUUUCAGCUGCACUCGAGAGUGACUAAGGGAGGGAGAAACAACCAUGGAAGAAAUGUUUGUGCCGUUUCGAGGGAUCAAGAAUGAUCUUCGAGGGAGGUUGAUGUGUUACAAACAAGACUGGACUGGUGGCUUCAAAGCAGGUUUCAGGAUUUUGGCACCCAUUACAUACAUAUUCUUUGCAUCAGCAAUUCCAGUGAUUUCAUUCGGAGAACAAUUGGACAGAAAUACUGAGGGGGUUCUGACGGCAGUUCAAACAUUAGCAUCAACUGCAUUGUGUGGAAUUAUACACUCAAUCAUAGGAGGUCAGCCUUUGUUGAUUCUCGGGGUUGCAGAGCCAACUGUGAUUAUGUACACAUUCAUGUUCAACUUUGCUAAGAACAGACCAGAUUUGGGGCCAGACCUCUUUCUAGCCUGGACAGGAUGGGUAUGCGUGUGGACCGCUGUAUUGCUCUUCUUGCUGGCUGUAUUAGGGGCGUGUUCGAUAAUAAACAGGUUCACGCGUCUUGCAGGGGAGUUAUUCGGCUUUCUUAUUGCGGUGCUCUUCAUGCAGGAAGCAAUCAAAGGACUUGUUGAUGAAUUUCACAUACCUGAAAGAGAAAACCCAAAAGCUAUCGAGUUCCAACCUGCCUGGAGAUUCGCAAAUGGGAUGUUUGCAUUGGUUCUGUCAUUUGGCCUUCUGCUUACUGCAUUGAGAAGUCGAAAAGCAAGGUCUUGGCGUUAUGGGUCUGGUUGGUUGAGAGGUUUCAUAGCAGAUUAUGGUGUGCCUUUGAUGGUUUUAGUCUGGACAGCCGUUUCCUAUAUUCCAGGGAGAAGCGUUCCAGAAGGAAUUCCAAGGCGCCUCUUCAGUCCAAAUCCAUGGUCACCCGGCGCUUAUGAGAACUGGACCGUCAUCAAGGACAUGCUAAAUGUACCGGUUCUCUAUAUCAUCGGAGCUUUCAUUCCAGCGACAAUGAUUGCAGUGCUGUACUAUUUUGACCACAGUGUAGCUUCUCAACUAGCCCAGCAACAAGAAUUCAACCUCAAAAAACCACCUUCCUACCAUUAUGAUUUACUUCUUCUGGGAUUCAUGGUCAUAAUAUGUGGCCUCCUUGGGAUUCCUCCAUCUAAUGGUGUAAUUCCACAGUCUCCCAUGCAUACCAAAAGUCUAGCAACGCUUAAGCACCAGUUGCUCCAUAAUCGACUGGUCGCGACCGCAAAGAAAUGCAUGAGGACGAAUGCAACCCUGGGGCAAGUGUAUGGCAGCAUGCAAGAAGCAUAUCAGCAGAUGCAAUCCCCACUUAUUUAUCAGGAACCCUCAGCAAUAGGACUAAAAGAAUUAAAAGACUCGACCAUUCAAAGGGCUUCAAGCACUGGCAACAUAGACGCUGUAGUUGACGAGACAACGUUCGAUAUCGAGAAGGAGAUCGAUGAUUUAUUGCCAGUUGAGGUGAAAGAACAGCGGCUGAGUAACUUGCUUCAAGCUGCAAUGGUAGGAGGUUGUGUUGCAGCAAUGCCAUUCAUCAAAAAGAUCCCAACUUCAAUUCUCUGGGGCUAUUUUGCCUUUAUGGCCAUAGAAAGCUUACCGGGUAACCAAUUCUGGGAAAGAAUUCUGCUGCUCUUCACAGCUCCGAGCAGAAGACACAAAGUACUUGAAGAAUCCCAUGCCACUUUUAUUGAAACUGUACCUUUCAAGACGAUUGCAGUGUUUACAAUCUUCCAGGCUGUUUACUUGCUUGUUUGUUUUGGGAUUACAUGGGUUCCCAUUGCUGGUCUUCUUUUCCCAUUAAUGAUCAUGCUUCUGGUUCCUGUGAGACAAUACAUUUUGCCCAAGUUUUUCAAAGCUGCGCAUCUUCAAGAUUUAGAUGCUGCUGAGUAUGAAGAAGCACCUGCUCUAUCAUUCAGCCGAACAACAGAUAGGGAGAUGGGUAGAACAGCUUCUUUUGCAGAUGAUGGAGAGAUUUUAGACGGCAUGAUUACUCGAAGCCGGGGUGAGAUCAGACGCAUAUGCAGUCUAAAGAUAUUGAGCUCUGCAGCAACACCAACCAAGGAAUUUAGAAGUCUCUCGGACAAGGGGUAUAGUCCUCGUGUAAGUGAACUGAGAGUUGAACUGAGUCCUCGAGUGGGAGGUAGAGGGCCAUUCAGCCCGAGAACUGGAGAAGGAAGACAAUCUAACCUUGGGAAGAGUGGUUAGCACAUACAUCUCGGAUGUGGAAUGAAGCAUUGCGUAUCACUUGAGAACGUUUUGUGGUUGAUAUUAGGUGGGAAAGUUUAAUCAAAAUGCAGGAAGUCUGCAACGGACCCCCUUCCCUCGUACUCAUCUCGAUUUUCUGAGGAAGGUAUAAAAUACAUUCCUGGCAGGAUAGGAUGUUUGUACCGCAGUUUCUACCUAUAAUGAUUCUGAACAAUCUCAUAUGAAAAGAAUUAUAAAAGCAUCAUGGAAUUUAUAAUCUUUUGGUCCUUUGGAUAUGGACAGUUUUUAAUAGUUGGAAUCAUAAAGAUUCACAAGUUUAUCAAAGUUGUACGCAUCUAAACGCCUAUGACCUAUCUCUAAAUUCCGGCUUCCAAACAAGAUCACUCUUGUGCUCUUCCUCUCGAGAAUGAGAUAAAAAUAUUAAUCAAGCCCUAGUUGGAAUAUUCCCUGCUUUUCACCCUGCAAUUAAAGCUUCGAGCUUUUUUCUAGCAUGCGAAGAUAU